CGGCGGCGGCUGCGGUCACCAGGAAAGGGACGGGACGGGAGGCGAUGGUGGUCACUGCGGCGGCGUGUGCGCCCCUCAGGUAGCUGCCUACACUGGAACUUAUGCUGUAGACGUUUCUUUGUGGUUUGCCUAAAAGCUGAAGAACUAAUUAUAUCCUUGUGAUGAAGUCCUGUUGCAUGAGAAUUCAGUGAUUGAUGCAACAAAGAGUAAACAUUCCCAACUUCAGGAUAUAUGCUAAGGAAUGAAAGGCAAGGAAGAGAGGACAUUCAUCUUGGAAAGACCUAAGGCACUUUGACAUUGCAAAGGAACGAAGGCUAGCUGAUAACCCUGCCUGUCACCAACAUGGAUGAAGUACUUCAAAUUUAAGCGAUUGAUCAUACUUAGAAGAGCUGCUAAAACAACAUAGAGGAGGUGAAAACUAACAGAUGAAAGUUUUGCCAUGCACUGAAAGAACAGAAUUGUCUGUGAAGUUCUAUUUUUAAAAAUGUCUGCUUGUAACACUUUUACUGAACACGUUUGGAAACCUGGUGAAUGCAAGAAUUGCUUCAAACCUAAAAGCUUGCAUCAGCUCCCCCCAGACUCUGAGAAAGCACCCGUCACCCAUGGUAAUGUGAAAACUAAUGCCAAUCACAGUAACAACCACCGCAUCAGGAACGCUGGAAAUUUCCGUCCUCCUGUGGCUAAAAAACCCACCAUAGCUGUGAAACCCACCAUGAUGGUGGCAGAUGGGCAAAGUGUGUGUGGUGAGCUUAGCAUCCAAGAACACUGUGAGAACAAACCUGUCAUCAUGGGAUGGAACAGAAACAGGACUGCCUUGAGUCCAAAACCCCUUAACAAUAACAAUGAAGGUGAGAUUGAAGGAUUUAGCCAUGUUCCUAAGUUGUAUGGCAAUAAUGAUAGUGCAAAGAAGGUCUCAAAUAACAAUAAUGGACUGACUGAAGUGUUAAAGGAGAUAGCAGGCCUGGAUACCGCCCCUCAGAGAAGAGGAAAUGAAGCAAACUCCAGAGAAACAUUCCUAGGAAGAAUAAAUGACUGCUACAAACGAUCACUGGAGAGAAAGCUUCCUCCAAGCUGCAUGGUAGGUGGGGUCAAGGACGCUACUGGCAAGCACGUUGUUCUGAGUGGGAGCACAGAGGUAAUCAGUAAUGAAGGGGGCCGGUUCUGUUACCCGGAGUUUUCUAGUGGUGAGGAAAGUGAGGAGGAUGUGCUUUUCGGGAACAUGGAGGGGGAGCAUGAGAGCUGGGAUGAGAGUGACGAGGAGCUGUUGGCCAUGGAGAUUCGCAUGAGAGGCCAGCCUCGCUUUGCCAAUUUCAGAGCAAACUCUCUGUCUCCUGUUCGCUUCCUUGUGGACAAAAAGUGGAAUACUGUCCCCCUACGAAAUAAGUCACUGCAAAGAAUCUGCGCUGUAGACUAUGAUGACAGCUAUGAUGAAAUCCUGAAUGGUUAUGAGGACAAUUCUGUGGUGUCCUAUGGACAGGGAAGCAUUCAGAGCAUGGUGUCAUCUGACUCCACAUCACCAGAUUCUUCUUUAACAGAAGAAUCACGCUCCGAAACAGCCAGUAGUUUAUCGCAGAAGGUCUGUAAUGGGGGGGUGUCUCCUGGUAACCCGGGAGAUUCUAAGGAUGUGAAGGAAAUUGAACCCAAUUAUGAAAGUCUCCCUGGUAAUAAUCAGGAGAAGGACUCAUCACAAGCUUCCAAAAUCUCAGUAAAAGUUCCAGAGACACACAAAGCAGUCCUUGCUCUCCGAUUAGAAGAGAAGGAUGGCAAGAUUGCCGUACAAACUGAGAAGUCAGAAAGUAAAGCCUCUACAGAUAUUGCUGGCCAAGCAGUAACCAUAAACCUUGUCCCUGUAGAAGAGCAAGCAAAGCCCUACCGAGUUGUAAAUCUGGAGCAGCCAUUGUGCAAGCCAUACACUGUUGUGGAUGUGUCAGCAGCCAUGGCUACUGAGCACCUCGAGGGCCCCAUUAGCAGCCCCAAGACAAAAAGCUCAUCUUCUACCCCAAAUUCUCCAGUGACAUCCCCUGCACUGACACCAGGACAAAUAGGUGCCCAUUUCCAGAAAUCCAGUGCAAUCCGAUACCAGGAGGUGUGGACUUCUAGCACCAGUCCACGACAAAAGAUCCCUAAAGUGGAAUUAAUUACUGGUGGAACUGGACCAAAUGUCCCUCCAAGGAAAAACUGUCACAAAUCAGCACCUACUUCACCCACAGCUACAAACAUUUCCUCCAAAACCAUCCCUGUUAAGUCACCUAAUUUGUCUGAAAUAAAAUUUAACAGUUACAACAAUGCUGGUAUGCCACCUUUUCCAAUUAUCAUUCAUGAUGAACCAACUUAUGCUCGGAGUUCCAAAAAUGCGAUUAAAGUUCCCAUAGUUAUUAAUCCAAAUGCAUAUGACAACCUAGCCAUCUAUAAAAGUUUUCUGGGAACAAGUGGAGAACUCUCAGUGAAGGAAAAAACCACAAGUGUAAUAAGCCAUACUUACGAAGAAAUAGAAACUGAAAGCAAAAUGUCUGAUAACACAACCAGCAAACCCACCGAAUGUCCCCAAGCUAAAGGGGUCUCCAACAACACAGAGUGUAAAAAGGGCUCCGUGGCUCAGAAGGUUCAUGAGUUUAACAACUGUCUCAAUAGAGGUCAGUCUUCCCCACAGAGGAACUAUAGUUCCAGCCACAGCUCCCCAGCAAAAAUCCAGAGAAGCACUCAAGAGCCUGUGGCCAAAGUGGAAGGCACGCCAGAGUCUCAGAUGGUGGGCGGCAGUGGCAGCUCGAGGGAGAAGGCAAGCACCGUGCUUUCUCAGAUGGUGGCUUCUAUCCAACCCCCCCAGGCUCCUCCAGAAGCACUGCAGUCUGGCCCCAAGGCUUGCAGUGUGGAAGAGCUUUAUGCCAUUCCUCCAGAUGCUGAUGCCAAGAAUCCACCUGUCCGGCCCAAAUCCCUCUUUACAUCUCAGCCUAGUGGGGAAGCUGACACACCUCAGACCACAGAAAACCCUACCACCCAAGUUCAGAAAGACUCACUCACCAAACCAGUCACCACCCCACCUUCCAAAUUAAUGAGCAGCCCCCAAAGUGAACCACCACCUCCCUUUCCCCCACCACGCUCUACUUCCUCCCCAUACCAUGCAAGCAACCUUUUACAGAGGCAUUUCACCAACUGGACCAAGCCCUCCAGCCCUACCAGAUCAACAGAAGCUGAAUCCAUUUUGCACUCUGAAAGCAGCAGGCGGGCAGCUGAUGCAAAGCCCAAACGCUGGAUAUCUUUUAAAAGUUUCUUCCGCCGUCGGAAGACAGAUGAGGAGGAUGACAAAGAGAAAGAGCGUGAGAAAGGGAAACUGGUGGGCCUGGAUGGCACCGUCAUCCAUAUGCUGCCUCCUCCUCCAGUUCAGCGCCACCACUGGUUCGCAGAGGCAAAAGGAGAGUCCAGUGAGAAGCCAGCCAUCGUUUUCAUGUACAGGUGCGACCCUGCACUGGGCCAGCUCACUGUGGAUCAGAGCAAGACUGGGGCAGACCAGGCAGCAGUCACAGAAAAGAGAAGGGCAGAGGAUGCCUUACUGUGGGACUCGGAGAAGAAAAGUAGUCAUUCUUCUCCAUCACAGAUUCCUGGAAAAGUUCACAG